GCGCACGGGAAGAUCUCGAAGGCCAUCUCCGCGAUCCAGCGGGACCUGCUCCGAGAUCACCGCUCUGAGUGGCGCCGCCUCUCCCAGCACUUCACGAAGGACACGUGGCGGGCAGCCACUGCAGAGGUCCAUGGGCCUUCCGAGUGCCCCAGCUUCAACGCCGAGGCGCGCGAGCCCUUGCCGGAGACCGCCGACGACUACGACGAGGAGUGGCAUCCUUCUUACGCCGACUUCCGGGUCGCCGUGCGCGAGGCCAAAGGCAGCGCGGGUUACGACGGAUGGCAUUCUAACGAGCUCAAGCUGAUCUCCGAGUACUUCGAGUUCUUGCUCUUCGAACUCUACACGCUAUGGCAGGACACCUGCGAGACCCUCCUGGUCGAGAGGCCCCCCACCGAGCUCCAGCACCUCCUCUUCGCCUGGCGGGUUGUUGGGGUGCCAAAGAAAGACCCGACGCAGUCCCGGCCCAUAGGGGUGGGUUCUGUGCUCCUCAGGGCCUGGCCCACAGCUUGCGAGCCCAGCAUGCCUACGCCACAGGACGCUCAGUCCGCCUGUAAAGCCAGCUCCACGGUGGUCCACGCCUGCUGCUUGUGGCUGCACGCUUACCAGCACGGCUCAUUCGGACUGGAGCGUGACCUCUCCAAGUGCUACGACAACGUGCCGCACGCGGUGACAGGCGCGGCGCUCCGCAACGCCAAAACGCCACGCCGAGUGCGGGCGGUGACAAACGCUGCCUGGCGGGGCCCUCGGAGGUGCCAGCUGGCGGGAGAGCUGGCCAGCGAGACGCUCUGGCCUACGCGCAGCCUCGCUCAAGGGGACAGCACGGCGCCGAAGGUUCUGUGCCACGUGCUUUCCCCCUGGGAGAUCAACGGCACCAAAUUCCUGUUCAUGGACGACAGGUCCGCCGUCUUCGAUUCCGCCCCGCAGAUUGAGUCGGACGCGCAGGCCACCAACGACUUCGACUCAGGCACGGGCGCUAUCGAGAACGUCGGGAAGCGCCAGGUCUGGAAGCGCGGGGACGGGACGCAGAUCGAGCACAUCAGCAUCCUUGCUGUCCCUGAUGCUCCGGAUGAGCCGAUUACGCCUGCCGGGGGCUGGACCAAGCUCCGCAAGCGUUUGCACGCCAUUCGAGGCCGUUUCUGGGCCUCGAAUAUCGACCUGCACCCCAUCUUCAGCGCGGUGCUCACGGCCAUUGAUCGCAUCACCACCUGGGACCUCCGCUGGAGUACACUCCUUGAGGUGAAUUUCACGACGUUCUUCGAUGCCAUUGGCUUCGAAUUCUUGCAGCACGACCCAGAGCGCGGAGUGCAGUUCUGGCGCCUGGUGGACGAGCCUGACGCCCGAGUUCGCCACUUGUGCGGGCGCAGACACAUUUUCUGGAGCGACGGACUCGCUGGCCCUGGAGGACAGGAUCCAUUUGAAGAUUUUUCGCUGUGGAACGACGCACAGCCAGACGAGAAGAUGGAGCACCACCAGGCCAGAUCUUACAGCGGCCUGCCCGUCCUGCGGGGUCCCCAUAGACCGAGUGCGCGCCACUACGUGGCCGAGUGCGCCGCCCUGGCGGAUUUCCGGCAGGAGCUGAACGACGCGUACCACAUCCCACUUGGCUGGUGGGCACGCCAGCCGCGGGCGACGCUGAAGACGGGAUGGAUCACGUUCCCAGCUCACGCGUCCGCGACCCGCAGAGCGGAGCUCCAGGUGGCCGUCUGCCGCAUGGGGCUCGUUGCCAUGGCUAAGAUGGCAGAGGAUUGCGAGGCUUUGAAGAGAACCUAG